AUGGAUAGACAGGGAGGAUCAGGCAACGUUAGCCCAGCUAGGAGUGGAAGUCCAUAUGGGUCUCCUAUUAGAAGUACCAACCAGUCCAUGGAGUUUAGAAUUAGAAGAGGAGGAGAUGCAACUUCUCCCUUUGAUGCUGAUGCGGAACCUUGGGGCCCAAAGGAUAUUGGUCGAAACGCUAUUUCUGGUGUCAUGAACGACAAGCAGCCACCGAAAAGCAUGGAGAAUUUCGCUCCAGUUCCUCCUACUAUAAUACGUAAAGUACGCAACACAGAGUUUGAUCCAUACACCAAAUACCUAUCAGAAGUAUUCGACAAGUAUCAAUACCAUCGUGCCAUUGGGCUACAGUCUGCAAUGGAAGGAACGCCAACUCUAGGUACUUCUCCUCUUGAUGAAGCCGAGUAUCUGGACUUGCUGGACGCUGCAUCCCAACUUAGUCUAUUGCCAGACACAGGAGGAAAGAGAGGACGUGCUGCAUUGACUGCAUCGCAAAGAACACGGAUGCUGUCAGUCAAUGCACCACCACUGGAUAUAGUACCCAAAGUAUUCUUUGAGUUGGACUUCAAUCUACAGGCACCACAUACGUUUGACGCUGUCACUGGUGGUGAUGACAAGGUCACGUCGGAAAAUCCAGCUGAAACUCAUGUUGCGUCGUCAGCUCUACAGGAAAAGUUUUCAUAUUUGCUAGAUACUGUUGAAGUGCACCUACUCAAAGAAAUUGCACGUAAAUCAUCGUCAUUCUUCGCGGCCUUGUCAAAUCUCCAGGCUCUGCACUCGGAAACCUUGUCGUGUGUCGAGCAGAUUGCUCAAUUACGUGGUAAAUUACAUAGUGUGAAGCAAACAGGUGCCCGGCGGGGUAUAGAAGUAACGAGACUAAAACGACGAAGAGCCAAUAUGGCAGUCUUGUAUGCCUCUGUCCGUAUAGUCAGAGACGUACAGCAAAUGCAGCCCACAAUACAAGCUCUAUUGGCUCAAAGUGACUUUAUGACCGCUCUGAAUCUCGUCGAGUCAACAUCUUUGGCUCUACGAGGUAGCUCAGACUCUGGAGUCCAUCUUCAAACAGAUGCCAACAGCCCUGUAGUAGCCGUCUCUCCAUCAUCAUCAGCCCCCGAAACUAUAGCACCAGGCAUCAUAUUGAUCAAAUCAUCUGCAAUACCUUGUACCGUAGACUUGAGAGGUGUCAAGGGACUAGCUCAGCUAGCACACCACUUAUCAGAAGUGUCACGCAACAUUGGAAUCAUGAUGGAAUCGGAAUUUGUACGUAUACUCCUUGACAAGACCACAUUCGAAAUUGUCAAAUCGCCUACCGGUGGCAAUGGAGGUCCAGCCGUGCAAUAUAUUAGCAAUAUUCUGGAGCAAAAGUUUUUGCCUGGAAUCAAUCCUCCUGCAACUAUAGAGAUUACUGACGUCAUGCUGGAGAAAGAGGGUAGAUUACGUGAUAGAUUAGAUCGACUUGUGUUGGGGCUGUUGAGAAUGGAUCGACUUGGAUCGGCCUUUUCUGUAUAUAGGGACAAUCUCCUCUUAGAAAUUAAGGCCUUGGCCAAGAAGCAUCACCCUCCCAUUGGUGCUUUGGAUCCAAGUAUACCUGAAUCAGCGAUAAAGCGAGAACAACAACAAGCCUUGGCUAAACAACUCAAGGGCAUGACAUUUGAUGCCUUCUUGGACGUUAUGCUCAACGUGUACAUAGCGCUUCUUACAUCGCUGGAGCGUGUAGCAAUCUCAAACGCUCUCAUAUGUCGCAUCAUAAAACGAGCUCAGGAUACAGGUGUACAGAUUGGUGCCGACAGUCAUCAAUCAUUGCAGCUCCCACCUCUUCCUGGAUCUGACGAAUCCGCCACAUCUGCAUCCUCACAUCCAUCACAUGCUGCGCUACUGAGAAAACGUAUAGAAGAUGAUGACGACGAGUUUGGAUCUAGCGCUGAUGUGUUGUCACCUGCAUCACUAGACGCAGUCUCAAAACUUUCGACCGUAGCUGUAAUAGACAAGCCUGUUACAGUCUCAUCAGAUACCAAAGGCUCGGAUAAAACUGCUACGACAUAUGGACAGAUGCUUAAUGAAUCAGCGGAAAUUCUGUAUUCGGGAUCUGAUUUGGCUCAAGUUCGUUGUGCAAAACUGCUGUCGGUACGAGCAGAGCAGAAUGCACAAUUGAAUCCUAAAGAUUUUUAUCGAUUAUUUGGAGCCACGUGGGAGUUUGUGGCUGGUUGUGAAGCUUUGUGUGGUAGAUUGUGUUUGGGAUUGAAAGGGAAUAUGCUUUCGCAGGCCAAGGCAUAUCUCAACCACUUCCACGAAGAGCGAACCAAACAAAUCACCUUACUAGUCGAAAAUGAACAAUGGACACAAGCCGACGUGCCCAUCGACUUCCAACGCAUCACAGAUCAAAUCAUUGCUGCUCGAUCUUUUGGUUCACCACCACCAGAACGCCCUAUACGUGGAGGAGGUCAACAACCAAACACAAUAUCUAGCCUAACAUCACUCCCACUGAAACGUAGCUCUACUGAUGAUAACAACAACAUGCGUGGAUCUACUUCCAUCGCGUCAUUACAUAAUGCACUUGAUGACGAUGAUGAACGCGGUAGUAGUGCUUCACCCGCUAAAGGAUCCAAAAGUAUGAAAUAUGUGGUUGUGAAUGGACACAAGUAUUACAUGGUUGGAUGUAUGCUCAUGUUUUUGAAGCAGUUGACAGAGUAUAUGCAGUGUAUGGAGAAUGUACCUGUGUUGACUGCUGAGGUGUUGAAUCGGAUUAUGGAGAUACUCAAAUUGGUAAACAAUCGUCUGUGUCAAGUCAUAUUGGGAGCUGGGGCUAUGAGAUCUGCCGGUUUAAAAAACAUUACUGCUAGACAUAUUGCAUUGGCAGCACAAUCGCUUGGAGUCAUUGUCGUCCUGAUACCGUACUUGCGAGUUGGUAUUCAGCAGUAUUUGCCUACCAAGCAAGCUGUUUUGUUGAAUGAUAUGGAUCGACUGGUCAAAGAUUACCGUGACCACCAAUCUGAACUGUAUGCCAAGUUGGUUAGUAUUAUGAUGGAGAGGCUUACCGUUCAUUCGAAGAAUUUACAGGGAGUUAAUUGGGACAGCCCAGAUCCAAAAGACUUUUUGGAAGAAGAUGGAGGCGUCUCAACGCAUAUGGUGACUCUGGUUAAGGAGACUAUGACUCUGCAUAAAGUCUUGGCCAAAUAUCUUGAUCCGGAGACUUUGAAGAGUGUGAUGGGCGAUGUUUUCAAAGCAUAUAUCAAAAAGCUGGAAGAAGAUCUAAAAAAGUUGGAUUUGUUUACAAGUGCUGGCAAGAAUAGAUUGCUGAUUGAUGUCCAGUACUUUAUCUUCAAGCUAUCAUCACUUGAUGGUGCUGAUGGUCCUGGCAACCAUUUGGAAGUUGUAGUCAACAACACCAAAAUCAAGGACAGACGACAAGUCCAACCGCGUCCAGUGUCAAUGUCGAUGGAAUCUCCGGUAACUCCUUCUGGACCAGCUACUUCUACAAAUGCUACUACCAUUCAUCCAGCUCUUCCAGCUGCUGCUCCAAUUCCACCACCUCAACCAGCUGUCUCGACUUCCUCAACAGGUGCUACUCCAUCGGUUGCAGCAGCUACUGGAUUAUCAUUCAAAGGAUUCCAAGGCUGGAAGGCUGCAGUACCUGUAUCUUCAGCGCUACCUGUUAUAACGUCCGAUACUGGAUCGGUUAAAAGUCCAACGAAUAGUAAUAAUGCUUCUCCGUCGACAUCAUCGCCGAAUGCCCCUGGACCGCAAAGCAAUGUUCCUAUAGUGCCAUCGCCACAACCAUUAGGAGCAUCCAGCACAACCAAUAGUAGCAGCAGCCUUAACUUGACAGGUCCAUCUAUUACUACACCGACACCAUCUACAAAUCUACCACCACCACUAACACAAAUAUCGAAUCCACAACAACAGCAACCUAGCAUAGAUAAGCCUGUAGCUAGUACGACGAGUACGGCGGGAUCUGCAGCCGCCUCUGCUGCAGCAUCAUGGACUGUAAAAUCCUCACACUUUAGAACAGCAUUUGGUGGUAUGUUUACAGCACGAGCAGUCACUCCAACUCCCGGACAACAAAAGAGUAGCGAGUCUCUAGCGCCACCACACCCACCAACUAAAUCGGUUUCUGAUGUAACGCCAUCAACAAUACCUGCUGUAAAUAGUUCAGAUGGUAGAUCAAGUCUAGAUGGUAGAUCAAGUGUAGCCAGUGUUGAAGCCACACGAUCGGUGUCUGUGGGUCUCCCGACGUCAAAGUCAAGUGAAUCUGUUGGUGUUGUGCCUGCUACUGCUGCUAUUGUAAAUUUGCUGCAGGUCGUGGCUCCCGAAGUAGUGAUACCUCAACCCGUUGUAGAAGGACAAAACAGUGUGGUGUCGCCUACUGCUGAAGGUAAACCUGAUGUGCCGAGUAAGGAGGCGGUGGUUUCUGGAUCUGGUGAAGCUGAAAAUGUGGCGAGGAAGGAGGAGGUGUCUUCUGUAGCUGUCGAAUCAGAAAACGUGUCUGGUAAGGAGGUGAUGCCUGCUGUGCCUGUUCAAGCAGGCAAUGUAGAGUCAACCAGCGGCAUGCCAUCUGAUGAGAAGGUACCGGUGGUUAUUGAUUCUACUGAAUCUGCUGCUGUCAAAGAACAUGCGCCUGAGAUUGUGGCCGAGCUGAAUAUACCAGUGGUUGAGAAUCAGCCUUCCGCCAAUGAUAUGGUUGCUGAAAAUAGUAAUAGUGGUGACAGUGAAGCUCUCGAUCAUAAUGGCGGUAGUAGCAAACCUUUGGAAAAAGUAGUAGGAUUGUCUGAAGGAACCGAUGCCAUCGAGAAACCCAUAUCUGAUUCAACGACUGUAUUGAACGUCGAAGAAGUGUCUGAUCACGUGGAGCCUGUAGUCAGUCAAGUUGAUGGAGAAAAUGCAGAACAAGUCUUGACGGCCGAUGGACCGAAGGCUGCUACCGGAACUAGUGUACAGGACACAACUGGCGAAGUGCAACAGCCACAGGAGAAUUCAGAAACGCCAAGUGAUGUAACAGCAGCAGAAAAGGGAGAAGAAGAACCAUCUGAGUCUUUGUAA